CUGCUAAUCUGGAGCUCAACCGCGGCCGUAAAGAAUCUUUUCCAGGUGUUCACACCUCAUCCGCAUGCUCCACGCUGGCCCCAUUUAUAAAGGUAAACGGGGAAAUUGGGGACGUCAACAAGAAGCAGCAGCUCAGCGAAAGAUGGAGAGAAAAGUGUUAACAAGUAAACGUCAUGUCCAGAAGUAGAAACUAGAAUUCCGGAGCAGGAUGGAGCGGACAGAAUGGAUAUAGUGGACAGAAUGGAUAGAAUGACCAAGACACGAGAUGUCACCGAACCACACAGAGCAAUAAAUAAAUAAGCAACGCCAGCAAGAACAAAUUCAUUGUUUGUUGUUUGUUUGUUUGCUUCUCUUUUUGGCUCUCGUAUUUAUGUCAGCCAGAUUAAAUAUAUCCGAGCUUAUAUCAGUAGCCCAGGGGAACUGGAACUGGACACAAGACCCGUCCACGACGAACAAUCAACAUGACUCACCUGUCAGCGUUGGCAUUGCUGAUGCUGCACUUGCUCCUGGUGGUGCCCAUCCCGGCGUCCAAUCCCCCCGUCACUCAACACCAAUCCGUUGACAAUUUCGAGGGGCUCAGUCCACUAUCCAAACAUUUCGAUAGCCCCAUGGCCAGUCCAUCGACCAGCAAUAUUCCCAGCUCCGACUUUGAUUCCGCAUCCGGCAAUUCCACAAGGAUUCUGCGUCGUGGCAAGCGUUAUCUCCAAUUCAGCAAGGGAUCACGUAUGUCGUGGCGUACCAACGGCAAGAACAAUCUGUGGACAAUCAACACUCUGUAUGCCUACGGCUAUGGCUUCCGUGCCAAUUAUCCCUUUCCCUCAAUCGAGGAGCAGAAGAAGGAUAAUGCCGUCUUCUUUCGACUGUUCAAGAGGGACCUCUUCUCAAAACUGGAGACUGCUCUGGAUGGACAUGGCUUCGAUGGUCGAGCUUGCAUGCUGAAGUCGUUCUGCACUGCCAUUAACGAUGUGGAUAAUCCCAAACAAAAGAGCGGAAUGCUCUUCAAAAUGCUCAAAUUGAUAUUUCGACUGGAUGAGCACGACAAGCGGCAUAUGCCGCAUCUGCGGGAGGAGAACUGCGAGCAAAUCAUGCACAGCCAUUGUCCUUUGAGUUUCGACAGCAUAUCCCCAUACACCGAUGAUGUUUAGCACUAAGCACUUGGAAAGGAGAACAGAUUGGCCAAAUAAAUAUGAAUAGAUAUCUAUGGAUAAUGUUUAAAAUAAGUAUAUUCACUUGAUAUUAAACUAAUGGAACUCCGACGACUUUUUUACGAGUAUAAACGUAGUUUUCCAAACAGAAAACCCUCACUGAACAUCUGGCAAUUGACAGAACUGUAGAUUGAACUGGUUUAUUUUUUUGAGCUACAUAAAAUAAACAAGACACAGAUUGAAUUGCACAUCAAAACAAAUAAAUAGACCCACAAAACUGACGAACUGAUUGCCUAAAAUAAUAAUACUGAUAGUAAUAAAAGCACUUCAAAGUGAUUGAAGCCUGGGGUGAUUAAAUAUUGAAGCUCGUACCAUGGCACA